AUGCAGCCGAUUAUCCACACGCUCUUCGAGUCCAAAUCGGGCACCUGGCAGUACGUCGUCGCCUGCCCCAACACCAAAGAAGCAGCCAUCAUCGACCCAGUCCUCGACUACGAGCCCGCUGUCUUCACAAUCACAAGCCGUACCGCCGACUCCAUCAUCAACCUUAUCGUCGAGAACGAUUAUACGGUAACCUGGAUUCUGGAAACGCACGCACAUGCCGAUCACCUCGCCGCCGCGUACUACAUCCAAAGCGCACUGUGGAAAAAAGGCCAGCCGCACGCCCCGAUCUGCAUCGGCGAGAAUAUCACAAUCGUCCAGCGGGUUUUCGCUUACAGAUACAAUGUCCCCGAGGAGGAGCUGGAGCACGCUUUCGAUCACCUUUUCCAACCGGAUGAGACGUUCCAGAUUGGUGAUAUGAUGGUAACGGCCCUGCAUUUGCCGGGCCAUACGCCGGAUCAUAUGGGGUAUCAUGUUGGAACCAAUAUUUUCACUGGAGACUGUCUUUUUAAUCCUGAUGUUGGAAGUGCGAGGUGUGAUUUUCCCGGUGGCGAUGCGAGGGUUCUCUAUCGGUCGAUUAAACGAUUGCUUUCGUAUCCUCCCGAGACGAAAUUGUAUACGGGACACGACUACCCGCCGGCGAACGAGGCUGCGGCGAGAGAUCCGAUUGCAUAUGUGACUGUGGGCGAGCAGAAUGACCAUAAUAAACAUGUGAAGGGUGGAGCGACGGAAGAUGAUUUUGUUCGUUGGAGGAAUGAGCGGGACCAUCUGCUUGCUGAUCCGCGACUGGUUCCUCAGGCCAUGCAAGUCAAUGUGCGUGGUGGGAAGAUGCCAGGUAGGACUCAUGAUGGCAAAGCAUUGUUGUUAUAUCCGGUUAUUGCGCCUAAGGGAGCAUUGUCUGGGAUUGUACAUCGCUCAUUUACGAGUUAG